GACCUGUUGAAUAGAAAUAGCGUUUUAACGCGCGAUUGUUAAUAAGCUGAGGUUAGGUUAGAUCACAAUAAACAUACCAGUAUGAAUAGACGUCUCCAACUGUACUGCUGGUAGUUGUUACAUUGUCGGUUUAGUAUAGUUCAGGUGUUCUGUAAAAAUAUAAAAUGGCAGUGGCAGAAGAUGAUUAUUAUGAUUUCAACAUUAGUGAAAGGUUAUCCUUGCUUAUAUGACAGAAAUAAUCAUGACUAUAAUGAUAAUAGAAAAAAACAUGAAUGUUUCAAUGAAAUAGCAAAUUCUUUGAACAAUAGCAGCGGAUCGAAAAGUUUUACUGGUGAUUGCGUUAAAAGUAAAUGGGAAUCUUUAAGAAGAUCAUAUUCAAGAGGAACAAAUACAAAUUCCAACACAAAUGGAUAUUAUUUGGCGAAGGAAAUGGAUUUUCUAGCCCCUCACAUGAAAAAAAAGAAGGUAGAAAAGGACAAGGAGGUUGAUGAAGUCGUUGGUGAAGAUCUACAUUAUGAAGACGUUUUAAGAGUCAUGAAAUACAAAAAUGAAACUGCUGUGAAAAUUGAGCCAUCAACAAAUACGAACAUUAAAGAAAACUUACAAAUUGAAACUGCAGGCAUAAAGGACAAUAUACCAGCUCCAAGUACAUCGUAUGUAAAGAAAAAGAACGUACUUGAAAAUUUAGAAAAUCAAUGUCUAAAAGUAGCUACUGCUGGAAUGAAAGAAAUUACGAAUUUGAUGAAUUCAGAUACUAAUAGUUCCACUAAUGACAAUUGUUAUUUACUACCUAUCGAAGAAGCCUUAAAGGAUAUUUCUCCUGGUGAUCUGUUAUCUUGCACAAACGAAAUUCUUUGCAUUAUUGAUACAUUUUUACCCGAUUAGAUACCAUAACAAGAAGACAUUUUUCAAUCAAAUCAAUCAUAAUACAAUUUUUUGGAUAAUUUUUGUAAUUUUAUUUUAGUUAAAAGUAAAAUCGAGACUAUGUUCCAUUUUAUAACGUACAUUGAAUAAUAAAAUUAGAUUUUCUUUUAUAAACUUUCAGAAUUACUUGUAAAUUUAGUUGUGAUCAAUUAAUUAACCAAAUAUUUUCAUAUUUAAUGAUAUAACAUUCUUCUAAUUAAUAUGAUGUAUAAACAGAAUAAUAAUGUUGAAAUUUUUAUUGUGUAAUAAAUUAAUCUACAAGAUACAAGUUUACAAAUACAGAUUAUGUAUAACUGCAAAUGUAAUAUCAGAUAUACUGAUAUUGCCAUGGAAUGGAUCCUACGUCGGAGACAAAAUAUUCAGCAAAACGAUUCCGAAUGAUAGCAGGGGCAUCUCUUGGCAAUCCUUGAAUUAGUUGAGCAUAAUCAUCAUCCUCUCUUCUUCUGUUGUUAGCAUUAUGCAUAUUAUUCAAAUGUGGUCGAUUUCUUGUUAUAAUAUAAUUAUGCAAACAAAUACAAGCAGCAACUAUAUUGUUUGUGGUUUUCAAUUUAAAAUUUAAUGCACGAUUUAAAACUCGCCAUUUUGCGCAUAGGAUGCCAAAAGCGCAUUCUAUUGUAAAUCUGGCCCGGCUUAGCCUAUAAUUGAAGAUCCUUUGGGUGACGCUAUUGAUACAUCUUCUGCUGAAUGGUUUCAUUAGGUGAUGACCAAGGGGGAAUAUUUCAUCUCCUACUAAUGUAAAUGGCAUUCGGAUAUUUGUAUUUGUCAAACACCUAGAAUUAGGUAUAUUUAAUUCAUUGUUAAAUAACUUUCUUGAGAAAUCUGUUGCGGCAAAAACACUAGCAUCGUUAAAUGAACCUGUAAAACAAGUAAAAUGUUCGCUAUGUAUUCAAAUAACUAGAAUAAAUAUCCAUUAAUAA